UCUAACAUUAAACCGAGUGUUGAAAGCGACUUGAUGUCGUCAUAGGACAGCUUUGACCAUGAAAAAAGUGAUUCCAGUAACAAAUAAAUGGGUCUUUGGUCCUGACAAACAUAUUUGGUCUGGGUUUGCUAGUUUGUUGUGCUUACAGAGCAGCCUAUCAUUAGUGUGAAUGGGAGUUCACUCACAUGUCUCUUCCUUUUUAUCUGGGUUCCCAAGCUGGAUUUACUGGUGUCUGGGGGUCACAAUGACACUUCUGAUAGGGGAAUUCGGAUCUCACUUCGGAUCUGCUUUUUCGCCACAGCAAACGUGUCCACUACUACUAUGAUUGUUGUGUUAGACUUCAAUAUUGGGCUAUGCAGUAUAUGUGUCUCAAUUGACAAUGUUUUUGUAACCAACCAGUGGCUUUGUCUUAAAGGACAAUCCAUUCGUGGCCUAUCAGUAGCUGUUUCUCAAAUUACAGGUGUACUACCCAUGGGUUGAAGGACCACAUUGGUCAGAAUGAAUUCCAUACAAUAGCUAGGGCUUUGGGCUUUAGCCCAUUGGUUGGCUAAUGGGGUAAACAUCACAUCCUUGACUGAAAGAUGUGAGAGAAUUGAGUGCCCAGUUCUGGCCUUAGCUGAUAAUUAGCCUGUUUUUCAGGUGAUAAGGUGUCUAUUUCUCUGUGUUAUUGUACCAGAGCUCAAGGAUGUCUGCUGGAUACACUGGGUACAAAAACAUGAGGAGGUUGAUUCUGGAGACCUGGGAAGCGAUUUUUACACAGUAUCCAGGAAUGCUAUUACAAGAGUGGGUUGGAGAAAUGUUACACUCUUUGUAUUCUUCAGUUGGCUAAACCUAUGAAGUAAGAGUGCACUUGAGUGUCUAGUGUUGCCAACUCGUGCGCCAGGGUGAGUUGAUUUCACUCAGCUUCUAAAGACAACCUUGAAACUACAAAAUGACAAGAUCGGUGAACUGGUGGAGGUACAGCCACACUUUGUUGCUUUGGGUGUCUCUGAUUAUCCGUUUUAAUGGUUCUAGCACCUCUUCGUCUUUUCAAAACCAGGAACCCUCAAACAAUGAACCCCUGAAUGACCAGAGGGACACUGACUGGUAUUUGACAUUUUUACGUUCCAAAACAGUUACUUCUUCUAAGCCAGUCCGACCUUACUUGCUUUCGUUAAACGCGGAGGACUACCAUUACACACCAAAACCAAAACACCUUCGCCCACGCCGGCUCCUACGCGUUUUGGGUUCGUCUUUUGAUCCGUUCUGGAUGUCAAUUCAGCGGCCCUCUGAAGAGGGGGUCAGGGCAUUGGAAGGGGGAAAUGAUGCGGAAAAGUCUGGGCAAACUGGAUCUCAUGGACAUGUUUCAAAUGUGUCCUUACCGAACUACACUGUCAACAAGGUGUUCAACUUAAGCUCGUCUCCAGAACUGACAGAGGGUGCAGCGCGGUAUCAACGCAAACUUGAAAAGGAAACCGAAGAUUUGGACUUGAGCUCACUGCCCUUAAAUGUCGUUAGUUCAGUCCGAAACUGGUUAGUCAGUUACGCCACCUGUGGCCUGAGCUACAAGUGGGUUGAUAUGGGUCCAGUAUUUUGGCCACGCUGGCUUCGCCACACUGACUGUGAAAUGCCAGGUGUGUCACAAAGUUGCUCUUUCCCCAGUGGCAUGGCAUGCCGACGGGCACAAGUUACUCAUCUAAAAAUCCUUGCCUUUCAUUGCACGGAACACGCGGAUGAAGACGGCGUUGGGUCGAUGGGGAAUGUGGGGACCGACAGGGUCAUUGUGGUGGGAUCAGGGCCAUCAGGCAAAAAGUGCAUGUGGAGGCAGGUGCCUUACCCAGUUGUUACCGCGUGUAAAUGUUCAUGCAAAGAAUUUAUUUGAUCUGCUUUGACGUGUGUUAAAGCCAUUUUCCAAUUCUGGUUUAUUGAAAACGAUUUCCUCUUUACUCUCUAUGUGACUUGCUGUGGAAUAAAGGUGAAGCUUUUAAUAUAUUUCAAUAUGUUGACUUAGUAAUAAGUAAAAUAGGCUACAGGUUGUAAUUAAUUUGUUGAUAACCACCUUAAGUGAUAAUUGUGGGCUAUUCCAAGUGUUAGUUUUAAG